AAAGUCUAUAAACAUAUGUAUUCUUAUAUAAAAAAAGUAGCACUAAAAGCGGUGUGAUUGUUGCUGUGGCAGGUACAGUACCCAGAAGGCCCGUGGGAUUAUUCAGAGCCGUGAUGCAGGUGAGCCACGCAGGUGACAUCCUGGGCUCCGCCUACCUGGCGGUGGAGUACCUGGACUCUCUGAUACCGCCGAUCCCCAUGCAGGCGUCCGUCCGGAGCGCCUGGAACCACAUGCUGGAGAACUACUCCAGGUUCCAGGUGGCCACGUGCGGCUCGGUCCUCCUCCACGAGCUCGUCUACUUCGCCGUCUGCCUGCCCUUCUUCUUCUCCCAGUUCCUGCCGUUCAUGAGGAAGUACAAAAUACAGCAGGAUAAACCGGAGACGUGGGAAAAGCAGUGGAAGUGCCUGAAGAUGCUGCUGCUCUCUCACUUCUUCGUGCAGAUUCCCUUGAUCUGCGGUGCCUACCACUUCACCGAGCUCUUUGGCAUUCCGUACGACUGGGAGUCCAUGCCCCGAUGGCCCUACCUGGUGGUGCAGUGCUACAGCUGCGCAGUCAUGGAUGACACCUGGUUUUACUUCACGCACCGACUCCUCCAUCACAAGAGAAUCUACAGGCACAUCCACAAGGUCCACCACGAGUUCACUGCUCCUUUUGGCAUGCAGGCGGAGUACGCACACCCUCUGGAGACCGUUGUUCUGGGAGCUGGCUUCCUGAUUGGCCCCAUGGUGUUCCGCAGUCACCUGGCUCUGCUGUGGAUCUGGCUUCUGUUCCGUCUGCUGGAAACCGUUGACAUCCACAGCGGAUAUGACCCGCCAGUGAACCCGAUGCACAUCAUUCCCUUCUACGCCGGGACCCAGUUCCACGACUUCCACCACAUGAACUUCGAGGGGAACUACUCCUCCUGCUUCACCUGGUGGGACAAGCUCUUCGGGACAAAUGUGCAGUACAAAGACUUCCAGCAGAGGGCAGCGCAGCAGAAAACCCAGUGACGCUGCCAUGGGACCGAACGGGGCCUCGUUCACAAAACUAAAACCCUAAAUCAUUCUUACUUUUGUUUUUAAAAAUGUUCCCCACGAAAAACCGACGUGGGAUUCGUAAAUUUUAUGCGCAGUCCUGUUCAUGUGAUUAGCAUCAGGAGACAGCCAUGAACAAAUACAGAUAAGAAAGAAACGGUGAAUGGCAAAAUGUUAUUGGAAACGUUCUUACACGAAGUUUACAGUAAUGCAGUAAUUUGCAUAAAUGUUGACAUAAAUAUUUUAUUUUGAAACACACACACACACAUAUAUAUGCAUAUAUAUAUAUGAAUAUGAAUGUAACUUAUCAUAUUUAGCUGACAGUAUCUAAUAUUUAGUAUUUGUCAUUCACAACAUAUUCAAAUGGCCUUUAUCCUUUAUUGUGGAAUAUUCACGUCAGAUGUCCUCAGUACUCAAUUGCUUACAUUAAGUUCAGGAGAAACAGUAAUUGCACUACAUAAGAGUGAUUGAUGGGAAAUGACUGACUGUACUGUAUUUUAGGAAAUGUCCAAGCCUUAUUUCUGUGUUCCUUCUGAAGACUUGCACAUAGAGAGGGAAGAGAAAGUAAUUAAUCUAAAUUAUUAUUGAUUAAUAAAACUAUAGCAGACCAAGGGAAUCUAUUUGUUUUUUAGUUACUUUUUAAUAACUUAUUAUUUACA